AUGGAGAACGCAUUCAUCCUCAGCGACGUUUUUCGUCAGGAUUUCACCCUGACUGCUCAGAGUUUCACGAUUGGGCUAAUUUUUCUCGAAUACUCCAGAAUAAGGAGCCUCAGGUAUCCAGUGCCAGGUUUCACCGGCAAUCGACACAGGGAGACAACAUUCUUGUUCCUUAAACUCGUCAGUAUGACCGAAAUACCUCAUGAGGAUCUGAUGUCGAUCGUACGCAGAGUUAUGGAACCCGUGGUGGCGCAUCGGAUCGCUUACGAGGUGCGCGCGUUACGCGCGAACCCUACGAAUCAGGUCAUGAACAUUGCUCAACGAAUGGACGACUUCCUUCAAAAUCCAGAGACCAAUCAGACCACCACAUUCAAUCGGAGAUCGCUGGUAGGCCGAUUCAUGCGGAAGGUAGUGUUAUCGCUGAAGGCUGCGGACUUCGGUCUGACGGUGAGGUUCGCUCAGUAUCUGAUUGAGAACUUCGACGAGACCUCCAGAGGUGAGUCGUCCGACGAGGGCCCGGCUCGGGGACUGCCCACCACGUUCCACGAUAUAUCGUUCGCCACGAACUUCCCCGAGGAAGCGAACAGGAGCGGCUCGAAGUGCUGGGGAAGGAAACGAGCUCGGGCCUACCUGAACGCGCAAGCGAUCAAUCUCAGAGACAACCCCGGCACGAUGGUCAGCCCAAAGCAGCUCGACGAUGAUCUGCAGGCGAUUCUCGCGGACGAUCCGGAGCUCACGGAUGCGUACUAUCUGGCCUCCCUGAAUCAGAUGCUCUGCGGCGAGUACAACGGUGCGCUAGAGAGUUGCCACAACUUCUUCCUGUCCACCAAAAAAUAUUCUGCUUUCAAAUUCAGAUACGCCCUCCUCAAUAUUGGCAUCAUCCAGCGCAAGUUCAAUCACAUCAGGGAGGCGGAACUGGCUCUGAAAGAAUGCAUUAGUCUAUGCCAACAAGUCGGUGACACGCAGACUCUGGCCGAGGCCACCAAUUGGCUUAAGUGCACAAACGACGAGAGCUCAUUCCAAGAUGCGUAUUCGAGGAGUCAUAAACCCCCUGGAGAGUUCAUGAUGUAUUCCAGCAAGUAUUCGAAUAAGUUAGAGCGCUUUCCCGUGUCUGCAGACUCUCCUAGGCUGAGCGUCGAGCGGCUCGAUCAAAGGAGAGCGACCACGAGCUCAGGUCCGUGCAGCAUGAUCGCUCACAACUUCGAGGAACUCCUUCUCUGGAUAGGAUACGGAUUCCACGAGAACGCAAAACUUCAUGGAGAAAUGAUCCUGUACAUCUCCCGAGGGAGAUUCGCGCACCAGCUGAAGGAUUGGGUCGUUCUGAGUGAGAGCACUCUGUUCCCUCUAAUUUUCUUCGCCAGACAUGCGAUGGCUGACUACGACUGUCUGAGAGCCAGGAAGUUCAUAGAGAUCGCCACAUACGUAGUUCCUGAGCAUGGCGAGCUCAGAGACAUGGUCGACCUAGGACUGCUUUGUCUCAAAUGUGAAGAAGCGCUACGCUUGGAGCGCUACGAGUCAUGCAAAGAAUUCGUGGGCUCGAUGGGUAUAAUUUCACAAUCGCAAGCGCAAUUGUACAACGCUCGGAUGUGUUUCCAGAAGGGUAGCUACCAGCAAGCUCUGAGAAUUAUAGAACACUCUGAUCCCGAAGCGGACGACGACAUGCUGCGCUUGACGAAGGGCUUGCUGAAAGCUCGAGUUCUAGCUGAAGUCGGAUCCGAUCAGGUCAAUCAAUGCAUUCUCGGAUGCCUAGCGGAGUGCGAGCGGUUCCAACUCAAAUACCUUGGUGCGAUGCUCAGAUUGGAGGUGGCGAAAUAUCAUAAACGUGUCGGAUCGCCCCACGGAAUUAUAGAAUCGAUCAUGCGGGCCGUCGCUCCGCUCAUAAUGUCGCAUGGAACGGCGGAAGACAAGCUACACUUCAGGAAGAUCGAGGCCGAGGUCGCGGAAGAUCCCAGAGAAUCCGUCGAGCUCAUGGCUGCUUGUUACGAAGAAUGGAAACACAGAGAUGACGUUUACAACCAACGGCUUGCUCUGGACUACCUCGCACGGAAAUGCCACGAGUUGGGUGACAUCAGCAAGCGGAAUAUUUUCUCCUCGUUGUUUAGGAACUUAGUGACUACGGAAGGUUUACAUUGAAUUCUGACCCUGGGAAUGGCGAGACGCAUCGAAGAUUUUGAGCUUGGCGAAGAACUCCGAAAUAGUGGUGGAA